AUGCACGUUUGGCAUCAAAGUGCUACUUCCUUCACCACAAGUUCAUAUUCCUUCGAUAAUUUCAACAAUACUAGUAAUAGUAACAAUAGUGAAGAAUAUUUAUUAGAUUUAGAUGUUCUAAAUAAUUCUUCACUAAACUUCGCUCGUCCUGAUUCUUCGAGGCUCUCGCAUACUGCUGCUAUGACGGCCGCACGAAGAAUAUUGCAUUCAUUAUCGCAGGCACAUGAAAAAUUCCCGAUCACAAGAGCACCGAAACCUCAUAAAUAUGAUACUGAGCAAAUGAAACCUGGAGUUCAUCCUGUUCGACUUAAUAUCGAUUUGGAGAAGAAACAACAACAAUAUCAUCAAAGUGUAUCUUUUAUUGUUAAUGAUGUCCUGUCAAAAGAGAAAAUUCUAGCAUCGGCGAAAAUUGAACCUGUUAAGGAAUUGAUAAAUAAACAAGAAUUGAUAAGCAAAAACGAAGAAAUAAUUACGAGUGAUGCAAGAGAAAAUCAAGAAUCAAUUUUGACAGGAGAAAUAAAACAGUUUUCACAACAUCAGACACAUCAUCAACGCGAACCUAUUCCAAUGCUUCGUAUACCUAACAAUAACCCUUUUCGUCGUGUGUCAGCACCCUCAUUUACAUAUGCUUACUUCUCAGCACCUGCCGCUAACUCAACAAAUAAUAUGUUCUUUCAAUCGUCCUCAUCUCGAAAUGAUAAUGAUGAUUUAUCUAUCGAUACAUCAAACAUUCCUCCUAUUGAUACAUCGGCAUCAACGCUAUCAUCACAGAUGACAUCAUCUUCAUUAACAUCACCUGUUAAUCUUGUAUUUACACCAUCACAACCUCUAUCACUUUCACCUUGCUCAUCGACUUCCUCGGUUAGUUCAUCAUCACCAGGCAGUGAAAUAUCGACUGGAGUUAAACCAUCAAUUACAACCUCCACAACAACAGCAGCAGCAGCAACAACCACCACCACCGAUCAUAUUUUCCUAAAAAAACAACAAUACCCGCAAGAUAUUAACGAUAGCCAACAGAAAACUACUAUAAUAUCACCAACAACAACGACCACGACAAUUGAAACUUCUAUUGUUUCUCCUAUGACCACAAGAAGAAGGAGUCAAGUGCAAUUCAUUAUUCCAAACACUUUCUCGGCUCCAACAAUUUCAAGUGAAUCCUAUAGUGAAAUUAGAUCACCAGCUGCUUCUUGGCUCGGAUAUAUAGCUAAUAUCACUAGUAGCACUCCAAUGCCAGACGAUGAAGGUGAACAAGUUGGCGAAUAUGUUUUAGGAAAGGUUAUUGGUCGUGGUGGUUUCUCUACUGUGCGUGAAGCUUAUACCGUAGACUCUGGAUCUUUGGAAGAAGCUGCAAUUUUGGAAAAAGUUGCAGUGAAAAUCGUUAAAAACAAUCCUGAAUCGGAAAGUAAUGAUCGCCUUCAGGCAUUGCUGCAACGAGAGAUAGAAAUAUGGCGCCAUCUUAAAAAUCCUCAUAUCGUUCGAAUGAUUUCAUACGAAGAAACAGAUUACGCUACAUUUAUAUUUGCGGAAUUUUGUCCAGGUGGCACUCUCUUACAAUACAUUAAAAAAGCCAGCAGUGAAUAUGAAUCAGGAUUAGACGAAGAUCAAGCUCGUGAAAUUUUCCUCCAAAUUGCUGAAUCUGUUAGAUAUCUUCAUAAUGACAUGAGACUUAUCCAUAAAGAUAUAAAAUUGGAUAAUAUCCUAUUAGAUAAAGAAGGCACGUGGAAACUAUGUGAUUUCGGUCUAACUGAAUAUCAGAGUGGUGAUGACGAUUCAAAUAAUGCACUACGUGAUGAAUGUGCUGGAGGAUCUUUGGCUUAUUGUCCACCAGAACAACUUCGUUCUAAGACCCCUAUUAAAGAACUUUCUGUUGACAUCUGGAGUCUUGCUGUUGUGCUAUAUGCUUUGGUCACUGGUCAAUUACCUUAUAAUGACGAUUUCGAGCCACGAUUACAAUUCAAGAUUCUUAAUGGAAGAUUCGAUGAGUCUCCGUUAAGAGAUUCAAAUGCUUCGGAAGAUCUUCGUGAGCUUCUAAGAGGCAUGUUCAAGACAAAACCGGAACAACGACUUACAAUUAACGAAGUAAUCGAGAGUCGUUGGUGUCGUCCAUAA